UUACAAUUUUCUUGCGUGGUGUUGCAAAAGUUUUAGUUGUCCGAACGGGAGUGUGUAAUAAAUGGUGGUAACUGUGGUGCGAUAAAAACUAAUUGAUAUAGUUUAAAAUAAAUGAACACUUAUAUUUUUGUAUAAAAGGCACUUGGUCUUUUAGUGCUUUACUUAAAUAUCAUUUAAUAAAGUGUGAUAAAAGAAAUUUGAUUUUUUUUUCAACACGUGAAUUCGCGGCAGAGUAAAACAAAUGAUAAUUUUUGCGCUCUCCUGAGUCCGGCAUUAAUUAGCUUUAAUUAGAAAUAAAUUUGUUUUUGUUUGACCUACACAACCCUAAAAUAUUGAAGAUCUCUAACUAAAACUCAAAAGCAGUAAAGAUGGCUAUAUUAUACAAAGACAUUCUGAGCAAUAAACAGCUGCAUAAGCUGUCGGAGCAUAAGUAUUCCUGCACCAGCGCUAGCUUAAUGGAUCCUUGGCUGCAGCCUUGGUGGAAUUGGCUUGUGUCAAAAACACCACUUUGGCUUGCACCAAAUCUUAUAACAAUUGUUGGACUGAUUAUUAACAUAAUAACAACUUUAAUUUUAAUAUAUUAUAGCCCAGAUGGCAAAUCCGCACCGCCUCGAUGGAGUUGUUUUCUCUGUGCACUUGGUUUAUUUAUAUACCAAAGUUUAGACUCUAUUGAUGGCAAGCAAGCACGUCGCACGAACACCUCAUCACCAUUAGGAGAACUGUUUGACCAUGGCUGCGACUCAAUAUCUACAGUUUUCGUGGCGUUAUCUGCUUGUGUAUCAUGUCAGCUGGGUCAUUAUCCAAAUUGGUUGUUCUUUCAGUGCUUUUGUGCCAUUGGACUUUUUUAUUGCGCUCAUUGGCAAACAUACGUUUCAGGCACAUUACGGUUUGGUAAAAUAGAUGUUACUGAAGCUCAAUUCACUAUAAUGGGUAUACAUGUUAUAUCUGCCAUAUUCGGUUCAGAGGUUUGGAUGACUAAGAUUAUACUAAUAAUAGUUUUUGUGUUCCAAGAAGUAUUUGGGAUCUCAACAAUAGUUUUGGGUUUCUGGUCAUUGACGUAUAUAUUCUCUGUUAUUUUGGCUGGCGGUGUUGGCAAAAAUGGCUCAACAGUUGCUAUUCCAAUAAUUGGCUGUCAUUGGAAUUAUAUAAUACUAAUUGGAGUUACUUUGGGUUAUUUAUUAAAUGUAGUACAAUUUUCGAAAAUGUUUAGUGAAGGAGGCAGUGGCAAAAAUGGGUCCACAGUUGCACUGCCUUUAUUUGGAUGCGAAUUAAGAAGAAUGCCACUGUAUGUAGCUUGUGGUGUUCAUUUAUUAUUAGCUUUACGUUAUGCAAAAGUCGUUACUACUGAGGGAUGUGGCAAGAAUGGAUCAUCAGUCGCUGGUACAAGUGUACUUUCCCCGAGUAUACCACUGACAUUAGUGAUUUUACCAGCAUUUAUUAUUGCUCAAAAAUCACCACAAGGCUUAUUUGUGGAACAUUCUUCGCUAUACAUAAUGGCAUUUGGAAUGGUAGCUGCCAAAAUUACCAACAAACUUGUGAUUGCACAUAUGACUAAAGCAGAAAUGGAAUAUUGUGAUUGGUCAUUACUUGGACCUGCAUUAUUGUUCCUCAACCAAUAUUUUAAUUGUCCAGUUCCUGAAAUUUACUUACUUUGGUUAACAUUUAUUUGGAGUACACAAGAUCUGAUAAUGUAUUGCACUCAGGUUUGCAGAGAAAUAUGUAACCAUCUAAAUAUCUGCCUGUUCAAAAUACCAUAUCCACAAAAAGUUGCCACAGUAAGUCAAGGUACAAAUGUUCCAGUUAUGUCUGGAUCGCAAUCCAAUUCAAUAUCGCAUGAUAAAAACGGCGGUACCCAUCAUCGACGAAUGCCCAAACAAUCCACCAAAAAACAAACUCAACAUUAAAAUUAAAACAAAACAAAAACAUAAGUUAUUUACACAUUACUAAAACAUUUUUAUAUUUUAAACAAUAGACAUAAUACAAACUGGUAUCUCUUAUUAAUAAAUUUAAAAAGAAAAAAGUUUCA